AUGAGGUUAAAAGUGGGUACAAAAAUUCCAGAUUCAGAAGUUUUGGGAUUUGAUAUAAUAAUUAUUACAAAUGAAUUAUUAUCAGAUUUACCAUUUUGUCUUAUAAUUUUUAACUUGGGAGCUUUCAAAUUUGAAUAA